AUGAUGAUGAGCAUCAUUUCCAUGGGGCUGACGACCAUCACUUGGCUGAUUUUCGGCUUCACCUGGUCGUUCGACGAGUGGGGCGCUGGCAAGGGCUUCACCUAUGUGGGCUUCCGCAACCUGGACGCGGUGUGGCCCGACACCACAAUGCCAGGCAUGACUUUCGCUGUGUUCCAGAUGACCUUUGCGAUCAUUGCGGCAGCGAUCAUUUCCGGCGCGGUGGUGGAGCGCAUCCGCUUCUCUGCCUAUGCUGUCUUCAUUGUCGUCUGGGUGUUGGCCGUCUACGUCCCGCUGUGCCACUGGAUCUGGGGUGGCGGCUGGAUCGCCGAGAUGGGCGCCAAG